AUGACUUCUUCGGAUGCGGUCCCCAUUAAGAGCAGGAGAGUUCGGACAGGCUGCUUAACUUGUAGAGAGAGACAUCUCAAGUGCGAUGAGGGUACACCGGACUGCCUGAAUUGCCGGAAGAGCAAUAGGGAGUGCAAGCGAGGCGUGCGGUUGAACUUCAUCGAUAUGACUUGCAAGGAGCCACCUUAUAUACCUAUGGCAGAAGAAUGGGCGGUACAAUUUCAAGACGAGUCUCGUAUGAUCGCGUCAGAAUAUCAAGGGGGUUUAGGAAGGUAUCAAGCUGUCACCCCGCCGCGGGAAUCCGACCCUGAUCCUACCCGUCGACUACGGCCACCCGUCGUUGAGAAUUUCGAACCACGGAGCAGGGUCGAGACGAGGUCCGUGGGAAUGAUGCCGACGGCACAAACAAUUUACUACGGGGAGCGAGGUCAGGCACAUCUGGAUCUUAUCGCAGACGGCCAGCCGCAUUCGCGGAAGGGCAGUGACGCUUCCUUCAUGGCUCAUCUAGGCUCUUCUCACUCAACAGGAUACGGUAACAUAGUAUCAGAUUCAUUUGUGGCCGUCAAAAGCGAAGUGAGCCGCGCCCCAUCCCACAACGGGUACCGGAGUAGCGAUGCGUCGGCAACAAAUUCCGUGGCCGGCUUCACUAGCGCUGGCCCACCGUCCACCUUUCGAGGUUCGGGGGAUAGUAAUGUGGAAGCGGAUGUCGAUGCAGGUAUAAUGACACCUUCGAGUGAAAAGUCUGGGGAACGAGAAUACCUCAAUUCACCCGAGGAAUUACGGUUCAUGCAGGUUUUCGUAGCCGAAGUAGGUGUUUGGAUGGACAGCCUCGAUAAAGAAAAGCACUUCUCCCGCCUAAUUCCAUACCAUGCGCUCAAGUGCCCGAUGCUUCUAAACGCGCUCCUCGCAUGCGGAGUGAAGCAUCUUACACUCACGAAACAAUACGGAGAUGACAAGGCACUCUUCUACUACGAUACGGCGACAACACAGCUUCUGCGUAGCUUGCAGAACCCGGAACGCAACACUGCCGAAUGCGCAGCUACUGCUGUGGUGCUGAACGUGUACGAAAUCAUGAGUGAGAAACCGACGCAGCGUAUGAGCCAUAUCGCUGGCGCACGAGCACUCAUCCGCGAGUGCGGGUGGAACGCAAAGAGUGAUGGGUUGGGUGCCGCUUGUUUUUGGUUAAAUGUUGGUAUGGAGCUUCUGUCAUGCCUAGCAUUCAACUGGCAGACUGCAUGGGAACCAGACCAAUGGGGCGUCGAUAUGGAUUUCAGCACCGAGACGGACACGGGCAACGAGGAGGUUUGGGUCCAUCGCAUUUUCUAUAUCGUGGCCAAGAUAGCCAAUUUCCGCGCCAGCAUCCCCAAGUUUCAAGAGCCCAGCCCCCGCGACGAGCAAGUUCGAUUGCAAGCUAGAUAUGCAGAGUGGCAGCGCCUCAAGAAUAUGUGUGACAGCUGGAACAAUUCCUGCCCUCGUCCCAUGCACCCAUUCGGUUACUUAUAUCCUUCCCAGCAGACGGGUGCCAACAAAUCGCUGUUUCCAAACGUUUGGCUCAUCAAGCGCGCCGCCAUUGUCGGUAGGCUCUAUUACCACACAGCGCAGUGUCUGCUUGCUCAAAUCAACCCUGUUCUUCCUAAAGAUUCCGAAGAGGCGCGCAGCGUUCAACAGCAUCAUGCUCAUCAGGUCUGUGGUAUUGUAGCACACACCGAGGACCGCGGUGUUGCCAGUGUCUCCAUUAGAUCUCUAGCUAUUGUAGCCGAGAUUUUGACCGAUCUCGCAGAGCAGCAGGAGGUGGUAGCAACUCUAGAGAGGAUCGACCAUGAGACAGGUUGGAAGCUUGCGGGUGUCAUCCAAAAUCUCAAGAAAAUUUGGGGUUGGGAGAAGAUGGGGCAGAAAGGACUCGCGGCUCAAUUUCUACCCCGAGCUGAUGUUGGUCAUAAGACAACGAUGGGACUACCAAAGCGUCAGCAACAGAUGGAGGCCAUACAAACAAUUCGGACGACUACACCUCCGCAACAACAGAUGAUGCCCACAGUUUCGCAGUCGGGUCCUCCGCAGUUAGCAGCACCGCGACCGAUGCAUGUCAAUCCGUUGAGUUUUGCCGAUUUCAGUCUCCCAAACCAUCCAUACCAGAAUUGGUAUGAACCGCCCAGCCGGUCAAAUGCUUAUAAUUCUCAGGGGCUUCUCUGA